CAAGUGAAUUUAGGUCUUAGGUCAAUCACUGCGACAAUACUUCCAAACUUGUAUGAUUCCAUCCACUCUAUAAAUGGCGGAUUAGAGUAUACUACGUUCUGUACUGGGGAACUCCAACAAUUCUCUCUUUUCUCACCGUCUGAUUGGUCACCAACUCCAUCUCCAUGGCCAACUCCAAAAACCUUACAUGCAUUUUCACCAUCAUUCUCACCCUUCUCUUUUCGUUCGCAGCCGCAAAAUCUUCUACUUUCUACCGAAACCUAUCUCCCGUGUCUUUGGGAUUCAAGAAGGAGAAGCUCAGCCACCUUCACUUCUUCUUCCACGACAUUCUCAGCAGCCCAAAUCCCACCGCAGUUAGAGUGGUUGAACCCCACACGACCAAUAGUUCCUUCGGACUCAUAACAAUGGCCGACGACCCAUUGACCGUGGGCCCCGAACCCGGAUCCAAAGUCGUCGGAAAGGCUCAGGGAAUUUACGGGUCUGCCGCCCAAGAAGAAAUUGGGUUCUUGAUGAUCAUGAACUUGGUGUUCACCGAAGGGAAAUUCAAUGGCAGCACUCUGAGCCUGUUGGGGCGGAAUGCCGUGCUCUCCACCGUGAGAGAAAUGCCGAUCGUAGGAGGAAGCGGCGCUUUUCGGUUCGCACGUGGGUAUGCUCAGGCGAAGACUCACACGCUUGAUUUCAAAACUGGGGAUGCUGUAGUGGAGUACAAUGUCUACGUGUUCCAUUAUUAAGCAUUGCGUCAUUUAGCAACACGGCAUCGUUUUGUUCUUCUCUUUUGUUUCUCUUUUGCUUAUGGUCAGAUGCUUUUUUAAUUGGAAGUUCCCUUCAUGCUUC